UUAGUUAUAUGAACAUCAAAGGUACGAGAGAAUGUAUGCAUAGAUAUCACAAAAAUAUUUAUUGCUCAAUAUUUUCAAAAUGAUCAAACUUUAAGUUAUUUUGAAUAAUCCCCUAGCUCCCAACCAUAACAUAAUCAUCCUAAUCCUAAUAAUAAUUAUAACAAAUAGUGUUAUUGGUGGAGCUAUUAUUACUAAAGAAAAAUGUAUAAUUGUUUCUAAACGCACUAUAUAGGCUGAGCAGCAGGGGAUUAAAAACAAAAAGAAAAUGGAAAUAAAAAUAAAGUACUAUAGAAUUUUAGAAUUACACAACCACUUGGUUGACUUAAUUAUUUUUAUUUUUUGCAAAAAAGUUGACUUAAUUACUCUUAAACACUAACGCCGCAAGAACGGGCGAUCUGAUAUUUGACAGCGUUACCCACGCCGUCUCUGGGCGUCACCCCAAACGGAAUGUAAGCCUCGCAAGUGACGCGGAGAUGGUAAUGUCCGGUGACGACGGUCCCCACCCUCCACUUAACUCGCCCUAUAAUCCUGACGGUGAGCAGGACGGCGCCGUCAGCCCUGUCCAGGGUCAGAGAGUGGCCGUUGAAGGGCGCAAUGGGGACGUUGCUGCCGUAAACAAACGGAGACCAAACGUUGACGCCCUUGUGGCCCUGGUAGACCGGCGGGAUGUCGGCGUAGAAAGUGAUCUGCUGGUCGUGGUACGUGGCGUAGGCCCUGAGCCUGUCGUAGUAAACGCCGACGUGGCUGUUGGGGUUCCGGGCGAUGACGGUGACCUGGAUGGUGGUGGACAAGAUGUUGGGGGCGGAGAGGUUGAAGUUGAAGAUGGUGGCUUCUUGGAGCACGAAAGUGGGUUUCGCGGGCUGGAGAAUGGCCCAAACGAGGAGGAUGGUGAGGAGGACGACGAAGAGGAAAAUCAGACCGCCCGAAAAGGCUCGGCGGAUUAGCUUUCUUCUCCGCUCCUUGUGGUGGGUGCACUCCUUCAUAGACAUGGUUUCUUUCCCGGCGGCCGUGGGUGGAGGGUCAGCAAUGAAAUUGCAGUCAGCGGGCCGGCCGGCCGGUUUAUUGAAUAAUUAAUUAAUGGCCGGUGUAGUGCUGAUUGAAUGGGAAAUAGAGUUGAUGAGAAUCCACUAAGGUUACGUCUAUAUAAGCAUAAAAUUAA